AUGGGAACGACUCUAUCAAAGAGUGCUAAAAAGUGGCCAAAUGUGGGAUCAUUUCUAACAUACGAUGAGAUCAAAGAAGUGGUCGCAUCGGGAGAUCUCAUUGAAAUACAGCGCAAGGGUUAUAAACAUUGGGUGAUAUGCGAGUCCAAUAACCAGGGUACUGUCUGGUGCUAUCACGUGUCGUCCAUCAACAGUAGGGCUAAGAAUAAGGUUUACGUGAGAUAUGAACCACUCAUUGAUAUACUGGUCAAAGAGGACGGCACUGAAGGGUGGGACGUGUGUCGAGUCAACAAUCAGGAACGGGAGGCCGACAAGACUGGACUUAUAGCCCGACCACUGGAUCAGGUGUUUGAGGAGUUACGGACAUUAGUGGACCAAAAAGUGGAGUACGACCUCAAUCUAAGAAACUGUGAAUAUUACUGCACGCUAUGGAAAUAUGGCAUCGGGUGGUCCCAACAAGUUUAUAUGACCGAGCUCAAAGUAAUGGCCGGCAUAAUGGGUGUGGGCACGUGUACCGCGGUUGGUGGUUUGCUUGGUACAUUUCUACAUUCAUACAUGGGUUCGAGUGAGGCUUCAUUUGGCACAUACGAUGAGAUGAAACUAGUGGUCAAAAGGGGAGAUCUCAUCGAAAUACAGAGACCCGGGUACAAGCAUUGGGUCAUAUGCGAGUCCAGUCACCAGGGUACUGUCUGGUGCUACCACGUGGCACCUGUUGCUAACAUCUAG